AUGUUGAAGCCGUUCCUGAUAAGGGAUCUUGAGGAAGAUUCCCAGCACCCCGACAUCAUCGAAGAUACCGCUUCCGAUCUGUACAAUGCUACGGAUGUGAGUGUCGGCCCUCAGCGGCGACAUGGGCUUGUGCAGUUAGCUGCUGAGGAUUACGACGAAAUUGCCUAUAUACAUCCGCAGGCUCGGUUGACUUAUCUAGAUGAGGAUGAUGGCGAAACCAUCACGGUUGGCUCAUCCCUCGAACUCGCCCAGCGCCUUGACGAGCCGCCCCCGCAAAUUACUGAUACUGAUUUCCCUACCACUAUACAUCUAUUUGAUAUUAAACGCAGGAAGUCUGUCACAGAUAUUUGGAAAAAGUUCGGAUUUGAUAAUCGGGCGACACGCCCUGAAUCGCCUGAAGCUCAAGUUGUCGUGGAUGACCAAAAUGAUCGUGAUGGAAGCUCGGAACCCGAUACGAUUCGCGAGGAGAAGUCGGACCUCCACAAUGACGAGGCGAAUGCGACUGGGAACGAUGCACCCGAUUCAUUGCUCUCCGCGUUUGAGGCUGCGAUGGCCGGGAUAAUGAACGAAACGCGGCACGCUCCCACAGAGAACACCUCGUCUAGGACCCCGCAGACCGAAUCGGCCUCGGAUCUUCCACGGGAGACAACAGAAGCUUUUGCUUCGGCCAUACGAAGUGUUAUCGAAGCGGCGGAAUCCAUCAGCUCUGGGGUGAGGUCGAAACUUCCGGAGCUCGAAAGGCAUAUGGAGAACGCUAGGAGGGCCCUUCCGCAUGAUAUCACGGACUCUAUGCGAAAUGCUUUCCUAAUAUUCGAAGACCAGGUCAAGGCCAUGGUAUCAGCCCUCAACAACCUGCCGGAGACCAUUAGGCGAGACAACGGCCCGGGAAACGCUCGUCGCUUUCCGGAGAUUCCUACACCUACUGAGGCACUAAAUGGAUUUCGUGAAAUGGGUGUGCAGCUUGGUGGGAUAGGACAAAGCCUACUCGACACCUUCGAAUCGAGUGUUCGAAGCGCCUGGGCAGGGCAACCUGAUAGCUUUUUUACAGGCUUCUCCAAUUACUCUCAGCCUAACAACCCUCCAGCAAGCGGCCCGGGUAAUCCCACAACAAAUUCCUUCCAAACCCGUGAUGCCACAACUUCACCAUUCGCGUUCCCAUUCGGGCCGAUACCAUCACCAGCUACAAUCCCACCACAAGCUCCUCCAACCAGUUUCUGGGGUGCACCUUAUGCGCGCCCAUACCCAAUGCCUUGGUAUGCUCCCGGGCCAAUCCCCUUAUUUGCCAACUCCGGUUCUGGCGCUGUACCUCAACCAGCAUCUGAACAGCCAUCGUCGGAACCGCACAAUUUUGAACCCAUUCCGUCCCGAUCACUGUUCAUUGGUAAUCUUGGGUUUAACGUGACCGAGAGGAUGGUCAAGGAUGUUUUUACGUCUAAAAAUCUCGAGGUUGAUGUUUACCUUCCUUUGGAUUCCAGGACCAACAAACAUGCAGGGUUUGGCUAUUUGACCUUCCCCACGGAUGAUGCAGCUACGUCGGGAUUAAGAGAGCUGCAGGGUGCUGUUAUAGAUGGACAUUGUAUCAAUCUUGAAUAUGUUGACCAUACCCCGAUCACCUCACUAGCGCACGAGACAACUGGGCACUCAGAUACCGGUACUGUGCCCUCGCCUCAGACCUCAGGUGUUGUUCGUCGUGAUACAGCUGAUGAUUACCCGGGUAUUGGGCGUGGCGACAACAGCGGCUCAAGGCCAAACAACGAAACAGUACACGAUAUGUUGCUUGCCCAAACGGAAGCCCGAUUCCCACCUGUGUCGCAGUUAGAUGCGCACAUGUUAGCAGGUCAACCAGCCACACCAAGAAGCAGAGAUACCACUAACGCAGAAGAUUCUGGGGAUGCUGCUGCUGGAAGUACUACUCGUCCACCCCAUCAUAUACCAGGCUCUUUUCCGCAAGAGACGCACAACGCCCCCCUUCGGGAAACCCCUACAGAAGCGGAUUAUAACCGCCAUCCUCAUGGUCACUUCCAUCCUCGCCGUGCAGCAACCGUACGAUUUCCAAGGCCGAAUCAAAGGUCCUUUGAUCCUUUCGAGCCUCAGCCGGGGCUAAGGCGACGGGCCACCGAACGCCAUUCGCUUCGGGGUUAUGGUCGACACACGGGUCCUCGCCACCGUGCUUCGUUCCAUCAGUUUCCACAAACGCCGCAAGAGCAAGCACCUGAGUGGACGCCACCCCUAGACGCACAUGCAGAAGAAUCAGCUCUGCAUGUGACAAAUAAGGAAGCCAAGAAGCAACAGAAGCAACGUGCGAUAGAUGAAUGCAUCAAUGCGUUGUCCCAGAUGGGGUACGGGAACGAAGAAGAUGGCGGCAGACAAAGGUUGGAAAUCUACGCCGCGGCAGCCAAAGGCGAGCUUGUUGAAGCAAUCGAGAUGAUCGAGGAGGAACGCAAGGCUUACGAACAGCGAGGGUAG